AUUGAAUUCCUUUGCCAGCCUACUUUGUGAAAGAAAACAUUGAGGUUUCUUUGGCUGUUCUUGAUAAGCCUAUAAAAUAUGACAUGUUUUAGUUGCUUCUAGUUGCUGAAGUAAAGGAACUGUGCAGCGUUCCCAUGCUAUCUGUUGACAUGGAAAACAAGGAAAAUGGCUCUGUCGGUGUAAAAAAUUCCAUGGAGAAUGGGAGACCACCUGAUCCUGCAGACUGGGCUGUGAUGGAUGUUGUCAAUUAUUUCCGAACAGUGGGAUUUGAGGAGCAAGCCAGUGCCUUCGAGGAACAGGAAAUUGAUGGAAAAUCCCUGCUACUGAUGACAAGAAAUGAUGUCUUGACAGGACUUCAGUUAAAAUUGGGGCCUGCUUUGAAAAUCUAUGAGUAUCAUGUAAAACCUUUGCAGACAAAACAUUUAAAGAACAACUCUUCAUAGUCCAGUCAAAAUUGGGGUCCUAGAUCUCAAAAAAUACAUGAUGAUGUAAUUUAGUUUCAUGUGCUGAAACUUUGUAAACAAAAUACAUACAUGUGUAUAUGUAAAGAAUUUCAAUCAAUGAAAUGUUAUCCUAUUGGAUAGACUAGACUGUCGGCUGAAUUGUAUUCAGCUAGCAGGAGCAAGGGCCAUUUGUGGACAGGAUGCUUUUCCUUGAGUUGGUCACAUAGAGUUAUCUUUGGCAAAUUAGACCACCCCUUCCCAGAAAGGCUUUGAAAUUGGUGCUUUCUUCAUGGUCUGUUUGCCCAAGGUCCUUAAGAGAUAAUUUAUUGGAAUGGGCAUCUUUCAGUUACAGAAAGAGGAUGACUGGAAACAGGAAACUGGGGUGAGGGAGGAGAAAAAUAAAGGGUGUUUAUGUUUCCCUGGAAUGCCUUAGCUCCUUGGUGCUUGUAUUAUUUGGAUGGAAUUGCCGACACCCUUUUUAUAGAGGGUCCUCCACUUGACCUUAUUAAGGUUUCACUGGGAUAUGCUGCAAUGUUGGAAAGGAAUGUGCAUCAUGGCCCCUUCAUGUGCGAAACAGUAGCUCUAAAAAGAGAUAUUGUGUAUUGGGGAUAUCCAUCCAUAUUCAGCCAG